AUGCCAGGGAAACGCACUGCGAAGAAGAGCCCGGGGCCAGAAGAAGACUCUCCUGGAAGGAAGAAGGUUAAAGUCUGCCACUCGUCCCACUGCAUCCAGCCCGGCCUGGUGCUGACGCUGGGGCAGGGGGAUGUCGGCCAGCUGGGCCUGGGGGAGGACGUGAUGGAGAGGAAGAAGCCGGCCCUGGUGCCGCUGCCUGAGAUGAUGGUGCAGGUGGAAGCCGGAGGGAUGCACACGGUGUGCCUCAGCCAGACAGGAAAAAUCUACACCUUUGGCUGCAACGAUGAAGGCGCCCUUGGGCGCGACACCUCGGCAGAAGGGUCAGAGACCACGCCGGGGCUGGUGGAUCUGCAGGAAAAGGUGGUGCAGGUCUCUGCAGGGGACAGUCACACGGCCGCGCUGACAGAGGACGGCAGGGUGUUUGUCUGGGGCUCUUUCCGGGAUAACAACGGGGUGAUCGGCUUGCUAGAGCCGAUGAAGACGAGCUCCAUUCCUGUGCUGCUCCAGAUCAGCGCACCCGUCGUUAAAAUUGUCUCAGGGAAUGACCACUUAGUGAUGCUGACGGUGGAUGGUGACCUCUUCACGUGCGGCUGCGGCGAGCAGGGCCAGCUGGGGAGAGUGCCGGCGCUCUUUGCCAACCGAGGAGGAAGGAAAGGGCUGCAGCGCCUGCUGGUCCCCCAGCGGGUCCCUGUCAGAGGCAAAGGCAACAGAGGCAAAAUGCGCUUCCAGGAUGCCUUUUGUGGGGCUUACUUCACCUUCGCCGUCACACAGGAGGGACACAUCUAUGGAUUCGGCCUCUCCAACUACCACCAGCUGGGGACCCAGGGCACCGAGCCCUGCUUCUCCCCGCAGAACCUGACGUGCUUCAAGAACUCCACCAAGUCCUGGGUCGGGUUCUCCGGCGGCCAGCACCACACGGUGUGCGUCGACUCGGAGGGUAAAGCCUACAGCCUGGGCAGGGCCGAGUACGGCCGGCUGGGUCUCGGAGCUGGGGCGGAGGAGAAGAGCACGCCCACGAUCAUCCCGGAGCUCCCCAGCAUCUCUUCCGUUGCGUGCGGUGCAUCGGUCGGCUACGCCGUCAGCAGUGACGGACGAGCGUUUGCCUGGGGUAUGGGCACCAACUACCAGCUGGGCACAGGGGAGGAAGAGGACGUCUGGAGCCCUGUGGAGAUGACGGGCAAGCAGCUGGAAAACCGCACCGUCCUGGCCGUGUCCAGCGGUGGCCAACACACGGUGCUGCUGGUCAAGGACAAGGAGCAGAGUUGA